AUGGAAGGGCCAACGAUUACAGCCGUGGUGAAUAGUGACCACUAUCAUUUCGCCGGGCGAGAACCGCUUACACCUCCUAAUGUUCAUGACACCCUACCGCCAGUUCAUUCCCCAACAGAUCGAACGAAUGCCCAGAAUGGGAUGCCGCCGACGCAGGACAACCGUUUAUCCGAGGUGGACAAUACACUACUGCAAGCGGAUGAGGGUCGGAGUAACGGGCAUGUGACGCGGAAUGGAGUUGAGAAUACCACAAACGGGAUCUUGGACAGAGAUCACGACCAUGUCGUGGGAGUGGCUACAUCUAUAAAAGCGAUACCAAAUGGUUCGACGACAGACCGGGAUUGUUCGCUUGCUUCCCCUACAAAAGCAGACCAAUCGGUGCUGGGGCAUGCUGCGGAAGGCCCAAAUGGAAUCGAGGUUGAACAAAAUGGACCAACAGAUGACAUGCACAACCUACCGAGCACGGUGGACUCUCUUCCUACUUGUCCUGACGACUCACAAAUAACAGCACCUGUCUCAAACGAUGAGCUGAACCUUUACACAGCCUUCCCCGCAGCCGACAAAGCUCCAGAGUCUCCUCAUGAUGAUGUCUUUAUUUCCACUCCCAGAGCAGCAACCAGCACAUCUAGGCAAUCUGAAACGUCCGAGAUGAGACGAAGUCGUAACCUCACCAUCGAGACUAGCAACCAACUACUGCAAUCUACAGGCAGUCCUUUACUCAGACCUAAUCCCCUACAAAGGACUCUAUCUACUCCUAGUGCCCUCAAGAGCCCCCUGUCUCCUCAACGGCACGAUAGAAUUGGCUCACGACCAACUCUUAAGAUUCCCGAGACCGGGGCAAAAAUUGAUGGAACCACCGGGAGAAGGCAUUCGUCUUCCGGGCGACCUCUUGCGUCCCCAAUGCCGGCAUCAAUUCCAUUACCACCUUUGUCAAUUCCAACCUAUCUCCAGCUCGAAUUAUCCUCACAGCGACCCUCCCAACUGUAUAUCCACAGGUCUGCCAACAGCGACUUUCCGUACGAGUCUUCACGAGUCAAGGUCGAGAGACUUAUGAACUUCCUGCUGCUUCCUAUGUACCUCGAGAGUGUCCUAUGGUUCGGCACUCUUGCGUGUCUCGAUUCAUGGCUCUAUACGUUCACGAUCCUUCCACUCAGACUCCUCAAAUCGUUCUACAUUCUAGUCAAAUCUUGGUGCAUUAACUUCAUGAGUGAAGUGCACUUUGUCGCCAGUUUUGUGUACAACGGGACUGGAAGAAUGUGGAGAAGACGAAGGAGCAGUCUUGUUCCGACCUCUUCACGUAAAGCCUCAGGUUCUGACGCGGGCGAAGGCAAAGCUGCUCAUUCUAUUGCAGCACACAAUCGCAGGCAAGGGAAGCAGCAUCAGAGGACAAAGUCGGUGCCAUCGGCGUUGCUCCCUGACGACAAAGCGGACAUGCUCAAGGGCCUGCUGAUAAUUUGCACAUGCCUUAUUCUUCUGAGGCUUGAUGCCAGCCGGAUGUACCAUUGGAUUCGUGGUCAGGCGGCCAUCAAGCUAUAUGUCAUCUACAAUCUCCUGGAAGUCUGCGAUCGGCUGUUCUCCGCAAUAGGGCAAGAUGUCCUCGAAUGUUUGUUCUCCAAGGAGGCUCUCGAACGCAAGCCAGAUGGCCACAGCAAAGUUCUACGGCCAUUCUGGUUGUUCGUGCUGGCACUCAUUUACACAGUCAUUCACUCUACAGCUCUGUUCUAUCAAGUCAUCACGCUCAACGUGGCUGUCAACUCAUACUCGAACGCUCUCAUCACGUUAUUGUUGUCAAAUCAGUUUGUGGAGAUCAAAUCCACCGUCUUCAAAAAAUUUGAGAAGGAGAACCUUUUUCAACUGACUUGUGCCGAUGUCGUCGAACGCUUUCAACUUUGGCACAUGCUGGUCAUUAUUGCUUCUCGCAACAUCGUGGAGACGGGAGGAUUAAGCGCAGGAUUGAACGCUUUUGUCAGAGCAUCGAGUGCGGUGGCAGCGGCGCCUCCCCUGACUACGAAUAGCAGCCUUCCCUUCAUCAGCGCUCUUCCGCCGAAAUCGGUGAGCUCGACCCUUCCAAAAUCGUUCACUCUGUUACCAGCUGCAGUCAAUACGAUAACAUCGUACGCUCCAGCUGUCAGUCAGGUGCUCGGUCCUUUUUUGGCCGUCCUAGGGUCUGAGAUGUUGGUAGACUGGCUCAAACAUGCUUAUAUCAACAAGUUUAACAACACCCGUCCUGCCAUAUACGACCGAUUUCUGGAUGUUUUGGCCAAGGACUAUUACACAAACGCUUUCGGCGACCAGAACCUGACCAAGCGGUUGGGCUUGCCGGUCAUCCCUUUGAGCUGUCUCUUGAUUCGAGCCACAGUGCAAACAUACCAGAUGUUCAUGGCCGCAUGGGUUCCGUCGAGCUCGCCAAGCUCGUCAACAAGCCUGGCCAGCAUCCACGAGCAUUACUCUGCGGCCCGCUCAAACAUGCCCAUGACCACGAGCACGGCGAUUUCCAAAACCGUCGACGACAUUAUCAGAGCCAUUCCCGCGGCCAUCACCAGCUCCAGCGUCGUCACACACAUGACCACCAUACUGUUAUUCCUCCUGUUCUUCCUGAUCCUCCUGGCCUGCAAGCUCGUGUUGGGCAUGCUCCUCCUCGCCUUUGCGCGGUCCCGCUACCGGUCGAUGAAGCUGCGUGAGAAGAACCCGAUCUAUCACGUCGACGGCGGCCGGCGCGUCGGGGGUUGGGGUGUCGUCGAAGUCGACGACGAUAAACGCCGGUGGAUCUACGAGGACGAUCCGGCCGGGCUCAAGGCGCUGCGCGAGAGGGAGGAAAAGGACAAGAAGAACAAGGAAAGGGGGACCGGGGUCGAGAGCUUCGACAAAGUCAGACGGUACGAGAUGGUGGCCAAGAGGAUAUGGUAA